AAACGAGGAUAAAACGUGAAACAUGAAACGAAGUACGAACGACAUCUCAAUUCUCAAUCAUCUUAUAUUUUCAUGAUUCACGUUGUCACAUUCGUGAUUAAGUACUUAAUUCAAAAUUGUAUUAAAAUUUAAUUUUGAUGAUUAUAGUUAAAAAAUGGACUACAAAGAAGAGCAACAGAAUGAAAUUGAUGCAUUGGAGUCCAUAUACUGUGGUGAAAUGACAAUUACUAGUACAGAACCUUAUUAUCAAUUUGAAAUCCCAAUUAAAUCUGACGAGUUUGAUAGUGUUCAGCAUGAUAUUGGCCUAUCAUGUUGUUUAAAAUUUGAAUAUGUAGAAAAAUAUCCUGAUGAUCCACCUAUUGUAGAAAUUGAAGAUGUUGUUGGGUUUGAAGAACAAGAAGAUGAGUUAAAAGAGUAUUUAAUACAACAAGCUCAGGAUAAUGUUGGAAUGGUGAUGAUAUUUACUUUGGUGUCAGCAGCACAAGAAUGGAUGAAUAACUAUUCAGAUAGUGAAAAACAAAGAAAAAUAGACGAUGAUGAUAAAAGACGCGAAAAAGAAAUGGAAGCUGAAUUAAAACGUUUUGAAGGUACCAAAGUUACAGUUGAAUCAUUUUUACGAUGGAAGUUUAACUUUGAAGAAGAUAUGGGAGUUUUAAAGAAGCGAAAUGAAGAGGAAAAAAAUAAGAAACUUACUGGGCGUGAAUUAUUUAUGACUGAUAAAUCACUGAAUGAAUCAGACUUAAAAUUCUUAGAAGAAGGAGAUUCGGUGAAAGUUGAUGAAUCAUUAUUUGAAGAAAUAGAUGAUCUGGAUAUUGGUGAUGAUGGAAGUUCUGAUGAAAGUUGAACAUUUUUUUUUUAAGAAUUAUGUGCAAAACUCAAAUUGUAAAUAUAAAAUUCUUUUAAAAAAACUUUUAUA